AUACACCACCAGCCCUUCCCGUCACCGUCUUUAGUACCCUCUCCCCGAAAACACUGCCGCCUCCUCCAAACCCAAACGAAGCCCACUCCCCGGUUGCCAUCGAGGAAGAAAUCCACCCUGCCGCUUGUCGUUGGUCGUCGUCGUGGCGCCCAGCAGGAGGAGGAAGGAGGUCGACGUGGGUUGGCCGAGAUUUCAAACCGCAUGUUCCUCCUUGGCCGGCCGGUAUUUUCUUCUUCGUCCUCUCCUUCCCGUCAAGCUCGCAGCGGCGGCGAGAAGCAGAGGUCGUGCGGUGGGGGCGGUAACUAUUCAGGUCAUCCUGCAAGAAAUUGAGUAAUGAAGAUAAAGGAGGGAAAUGCGGGUCUAAUCAUAAACUUCGAGCUACUGCAUUUGCU